AUGUCAAGAAAGAGCAAAAGGGUGUGCCUUAGUCCUGAUGUCAACGACAAACCAACCAUCUUUCUAAAACACGGAGUUGGUGGUGGCAACGACAACGGUGGUAGAGUUUCAAGAAAGAGGGAGAGGAUCAUCAGAGCAUGUUCUUUUAGAUUGCCUAGAGACACAAACAUGACUCCUGUGAGGUUGCUUCUGCGGCUAGGAGCAAAGGUGGCAAGUGCUAUAAGAAAUGUUUCUGUGAGAAGGAGAUCCUCUAGGAAGGUUUCUUCAUCCACUUUGGUCAGGUCACGUUCAUUAUCAGACCUCACUGAUUCACAUCGAGCUGAAACUGUAGAGGAUUGCAUUGAGUUCUUACAUUCCUCUUCAUCUAGGGAGAGACCAAGUUGA